GAAGCCACAAGUCAGAGAAGAGAGUGCUUAAUCAACACUCCAAGGCAGGUGAGAUGCUCAGGUCACAGACAGACAGAAAAAAAGGGGUUGAGAGUCUGCUGGUUCCAGAUUUGAAGAGCAUCCUCAUUGAAGUCAAUGCAGGGUGACCUGACGAGACUCCAUGAACUGUGAGAAGCUGUGAAGGUACAGGUUCUGGUGGCAACAUGACUGAGAAGUGAACUUGGGACUAAUAUCUGACAAACUCCAGAUACCACAUUGAGAAAGACAACAGGUGUAUAUUCUGCAAAACCAACCAGAAAUUUGUGCACCUCGUCGGGGCUAGUGAAGAUGGAGUCUGCUUUCUCACAUGUAAAGUGGGAACCUGAGGAAAAAGCUGAAGAGCCAUCUCUAAGGGGUCUGGGAUUGCAUCGCAGACGAGAAUUCAUCCCAGAGGAAAAGAAAGAUGCAAUCUACUGGGAGAAACGCUGCAAGAAUAAUGAGGCAGCCAGACGUUCAAGAGAAAAAUGGAGGAUCAAUGACUAUGUUCUGGAGACACGAUUGGUUUCGAUGAGUAAGGAGAACACUCGUCUGCGAGCUGAGCUGUUGGCACUAAAGCUUCUGUAUGGUCUUCUCAGCACUGGGGUGUCUUAUUCUUCAUCUCAAAGAGCCCUGUCUCAACUGCACCCACUGGCCCCAAAACCUCUGGUCUCCUGCCCAGACAAAGACCUCUGCUGGGGUAGAAGGCAAGAUAGAGAGUCUUCCAAUCUAUCUGGAAACCAGCAGCCACCUGUUUGUCUGGGUACCCUCCAUGGGUCAGCAUUCCAGCCUACAAACCCUAUGGGCUUACAAAGAAAUUACCCAUUUAGCCUAGAUAUUCCCAGCCUCCCUUCUCCUACAACUACACCUUUACUCUUACCUCCACACCUUGCCCCAGCAGCUGCCCCUUGGGCAGGUCGACCCCUGCUCCAGCCAGGAAAUCAGAGGAUCUUGUCAGAUGAGGAAGGUGAACAGAAGGCACCGGCAGAUUCCAGCACUGCACUGCCUCAUAAACUCAGAUUGAAGACGCAAAACUCACAGCACAAAAACUAUGGCACUAAAUCUACAUCUCCAAUCCCAGUAUAUAUGCCAGAUUGAAAACAAACAGGCACUAGGGUAGAAUAACUCUCGCAAAUAAGUAAUAACUUUGACAUCGGGAAAGAAAUGGUUAUUUCUGAUACCUCAAAUUUACUGUAAGAAAAAAUGGAAAAGACAGGGGGAAAAAAUUAAUUAGAGAUUGGAUCUGUACAUACAUACUGGACCAUUUUAAGUUUGGGUGUCAUGAGUAAACCAUUUUCAAAAUCUGAAGCACACUGUAUGAUAAUAGCAAUACAGGUUGUCAGUUUCUUUAAAAAAGAAAAAAAAGAAAAAGAAAAACACAGUUCAGACCCAACACACGCUUGUGCAAAAAAAAAAAAAAAAAAAAAAACGAACAGAAUACAGGUGUCUCAAGACAUGUUUUUAACAGUUUAAGUUAUUUUUAACUUGACACGGCAUCUGAAAAAAGCUCCCGCUUGAGAUACAUAGCACAACAGUCAAAGACAUCCAUCUAGUGCAUGCUUACAUAGAAAGAAUAUUGAAAAGCAGCAUGGACAGAUGCAAAAACACAUUCGGUGUGAACUGCCCCUAAUACCUCAGGAAUAAGUGACUGUUUAACAACCAAAAAAUAAGGCAUAUGUAGAUGAGACCAAAAUGUUUAAGCUGGCCAUUUUAGUUAUUUAUUUAUUUAUUUAUUCAUUCCCCUUUUUUUUCCCAAUUUGGAAUGCCCAAUUCCCAAUGUGCUUUUAAGUCCUUGUGGGCAUGUAGUGAUUUGCCUCAGUCUG